AUGGAGAAUAUAUCACCUAGAGCUCUCCAUCAUAAGCUCACAAAGCGUUCCACUAUGGCGGAGAAGUUUAAAAUGAUACCUGAAGGCUGGAAGCCUCCUGCCGAUCCUUACGUACCAGAUGCCGAUGCUUUAAAUAUUGGAACACCUGGGUAUUUCGAGAAGUACCACUUUUUCGUUCAUGGAAACCUUAUGGAUAAGGAAUUACUGGCCGAAGUCCUUGACCUACCCUCUGAUGAUGUGAAACUAAACCUGCGUCCUGCACAGGUUCUGGGCUAUCAGGCUAAAUUCGGGGGUGGAUGCCCUGUGCUUCAAUGUGCACGACUUCAUUUUUUUGUAGAUGGUAUGGCUUACUAUGUGGAGACACAGGAGGAGGAGAACCGCCUAACUGCAUAUAAAGCAAACGAAUAUACCCUGCGGGACUGUAUCAUCAGAUUCUCCGAUAUUCUAAAUGGAGACAAUGAGCAGGUGCAUGGUAAGACCUUUGUUUGGAAUGGCAAUUCUGCAGAAUUAACAGAAGAGAAUCCAAGCCAAAUGGAGACCAACUACAAAAUUGGCAUAGAAGUCGAACUGUUCCUUCAGCCAAAUGACAAUGUGUACACGUCCAAGGAAGAUUUUGCAAAGGAGCUGGUAUCCAGCUACCGCCAAAUCAAAGAAAACGUGCAUCUAAUGCACCUUGAUCUGGACGAAUGCCCUUAUUUUGGGCCGAAUCGCCUAACUGAAUGGACGAUGGAGGAGGACUGCUCCCUUGAAACUGAUAGGCCUGGACAGAUUGACGCAGAAUUCUCAUCUCCAGUAAUGUACCAUUCCAAUCCACUCUGGAGGAGAUCUGUGGGAUCUGUGUUCAAGCACUUGAGAACCCUUGCAUCCCUUCAAGUGAACCACUCUUGUGGGUUUCACGUUCACAUCAGCAAGCAAGAAAGACCGUGGACACUAGAGGAUCUUAAGCGUGUUUCCCGCGCUAUCCUGUACUUCGAGUCAUCUAUUGAGCUCGUCGUCCCCGAGCAUCGCCGCGGGAGUAUAUGGGGGAAGAAUAAUUGUUGUGACAAUCCGCGAUUCGAAGGAAAGUCUGACAAGGCAUCCUUUGACCUUGUCGAUCUUAUGAACUCCGGGAACAACCGGAAUUACGGUUGGAACUUCACCAACUUGCUGGAGGGAGAUAAUUAUACAGUCGAAUUUCGCCGGGGUCCUGGCCUCACGGCUGAAAUUGAUGCCUUUCGAUGGGUAGAGUUCGUGGUUCGGUUUAUCAACAGCGCCCGAAACAUUGGCACUCGAUGGAACCUCAGCCUGUACAGACGCGACGUGCUUGGACUUCAUAAGUUCUUAUGCGACUAUCCCGUUCCCAACAGCAACCCAGGCUUACUGGAACCCCUUUUCGCAGGCAAGACGGGAGUCUUGGAACCACGGAGACUUGGCCAAUUAACUCCGGAACAAGCUAGACGGCUCAGGGACAAGGAUGACGAAGCGAAAAAUAAAAACACUAUCAAGGAGAAGUGGUCCUUGAUUCCGAUGUGA